AUGUCAAGUGAGUCGCCCCAGAACCCUUAUCCGAGUGGCUCCUCAUGUUGGAAAGACUCAAGUAAAGGCAAGCGGGAGGCUAUCCUCGACCUGUCCAAGUACGUCAAUGAGAGAAUAAGGGUCAAAUUCACUGGCGGUAGAGAAGUGACAGGGAUCCUGAAGGGUUACGAUCAAUUGCUGAAUCUCGUUCUUGACGGGGUCGAGGAACAAGUUAAUGAGCCUGAACCUCAAACCCGCUUGCUGAACCUCGUAGUCCUUCGGGGACCAACCAUUACCCUCCUCAGUCCCGUCGACGGCUCAGAGGAGAUUGCAAACCCCUUUGUAGCUCAGGAGUAG